GAUAGGAUAAGCUGUGUGUGAGUGGGGUGUAUGGUUAUCCCGACCUAUCUAGGCAAUAUGAUACGCAUAUAGGCGUGCAAGAGGAGAGUGUUCCGGGGAGACGCCAAGUCUGUUGGCUGAGUAGAUUGGUUCUUACCUAGAGCUCCAGCGAGUGCAACAAGUUGACACGAUCUUGUCCUCAACCAACUCCGAAUCGGUGGAAAAACUGCUGAACGACCUAGACGCCCAGGUCGACUUGCUUGAGCACGAUGAGACAUUUUGCAUCGGGCCAUUUGGUGUCGCCCGACUCCAGCGUUCUGGGAUACCGGCAAUGGAAGCCCCCGAAGACUGCGAGAUCGAUUCGAUAACUGCUGGCUGGGAGGAUUUCCCAAUGGAACACUUCGUCGCAGACACCGUUCUCUGCGAUAUGUAUCCGACAUGCCCUGACGGCGCAGAAACGCGAUUUGAGCCAAGUGAUAACUUCGACUUGUGCCUCGGACUGAGUGAUGAUUCUUUGGAUCUCUUCUCAGAGGUCGUACAGCCACAGACGCCCAGUGCACCGACUUAUGAGACUCCGUAUCUUAACUAUUCACCUGUGUCGGUGUCUUUCACUUAUGGUGCUGAUCUUGGUGACAUCGAUGCUGCCACCAUCCGACUCUUACUUGACUGCUACCAACAAAAGCUUGUGCCCGCAUUGACGCCAGCCCAAGUCUAUCCCAAAUCUCCUUGGCAGAUACUACACAUCCCGAAAGUCCAUGAAACGCUUGGAGAAGUCCUGGUCAGAGGCGAUGCAGGGAAUCCCAGAGUGGCCCUCUUCUUUGCGGUGCUGAGCGCAGCUGCAUAUCAUGUUGACGCUCUUGGCCCUGAAGAAUCAAAAGAGGACUCGACCAUUCCCUGGAAAGUACUCGGCCAGAGAUUUAGAUGCAGAGCAAAGGAGCGGUUAAAAUCUUCCUUCCGAAGCUUGUCUUCUAAAGGACAGAUGGAAGACUACACGGACAUGUUGCUCGCCUUACUGAGUAUGGUCACUGUAUGCGUAGUUAGUGGCGACAUGCUGGAAAUUUACGCAUAUCUGCGCGACAUUGAAAGACUGAUUGUUCACCACGGACUGGACAGGAUCCACAUGUCGAAAAGCAUUCGAAUGCUUCAUAGCACAUUCUUAUAUCUCACGACAUUGCAGGGCAGCAUCCGUAUCUUCAGCGAGAAUGGCCGAUCUGAGAUGCACGCUCCUCUCUUGCUAGAUUCUAGGCAGGAAGCAGGUGCCAUGUUCACAUUAGACCAGGAUGGAAGCAUUUGGGCCAAAUUGCUGCAAUCUCGUACCGACUUGAACGGUACCGACGUGAACAAAAAUGACCUCAGACAGACAGGCAACGGUAUUCAUGACCAUGGAGAAUGGACUCCUUCGAUGUUCGAGCAGAUCUAUUCAAUCCCAGAAACAUUGUUCAGACUGAUAGGACGUGCUACAAAGCUCGCGGGACUAGUCGACCAGGGUGAAGGGCAACGAGAAACUUCCGUACUUGCGACGAGCAAUCCAACUUCCAAGUUGAUCACCGCUUUAGAAACAGACAUUUGCGGUUGGAAGAAUGAUAUUCCUCGUCCUGGCUCAAUCACACGUCCAAACGACAACCAAACACCAUUCCCCCAGGAUCGAUCCAGCAAAGCAUCAUCGGCCUUGUUAUACCAUUUCAGAGAGGCCGUGCACUCAGCUCUCAUGAUCUACUUUUACAGAUGUGUCAGGAUCGUGGACACCUAUACCGUGCAGCCGUUUGUGGAGCGGACCAUGGAACAUAUACAAGUAUACGCUGGGGAGAGACUCAAGUCCGGUUACCAUUCAUCAAGUACGAUCUGGCCUGUUUUUGUCGCUGCAUGCGAGGCGCUGAAUGACGAAGCUCGACAAAAGAUGUCGGCCUGGUUCACACAAGAAGCAGCCCAAACGGGACUUCGUUCGUUUCAAAUGGCGGGCCAAGCUGUCAAAGAUGUCUGGGACGCGCGAGACCGGUCAGGUAACCGAAAUCUUCCCUGGGCACAUAUUCUCAAACACAAUAACACCUUGGACAAGCUCAUGCCCAGUUGACAUUUGAAUCAUUACGGGGAAUGGGUAGCGAAGCCAGGGCUUGCCGAAGCGGCGGUUGUUGCUAAGCAGGCUUCAGGAGAAGCUUCUCCAACACGUUAUCAAGACUUUGCCCGAGGCUGUCUUGUACCGUGGCUGCACUCAAACUGGCGUCUGAUCAUAUCAGCUGUCGGUGAAUGCAAUCAACAACGGCAAGCGAUGAUAAGCGUCUCUUGAGUAGCGGAUUCAUGGUUCUGGCGACGCCUAUUGCGCUAGUUGCCCCGCGCGCCGCACACACCUAUGGUUGCUGCUGGGAGAAUGUUCCCUCCAGGAUAAAAAUGUUGAGAAAGUCUUGUUGAAGAUGGGCCCAAAAAGCAAGUCGAUUUAACCACUCCUAUUGAUUUCUGAU